GAACUGCGUUCGCAAGGCCAUGACAACGCCGCACCGUCGUCCCCAUGUUCUGUCCAUACCCUCCCUUUCCGAGGCUGCGGUCGUCCGCUGGGAGGAGGCGCAUCGGAAACCGCUCUCGUAUUUCUGUUGCGCCUGGGCACCGCCUGGCUCAGUCGCGUAACCGACGCGUGGAUUGCGCGUGUUGCUCUUUUGCGCGUGCAACUUUUGCGAAGAGCGACGGGACGCGCAGCGCCGGUUUGGAGUGCCCGUCGUUUAUGCUGUGACGAUUUAGAAGAACUGCUCGAGGGAAGCCGCCGUUCGACCUGACCUGAAGCCAUGGCUCUGAAAGCAUAGGAAGCUCUACCUGCGCACUCGUGUGAUUAGCAAGCUGCGCGUAACUUGGCGUGGAAGACAAAAAAAAAAAAAGGAAUAAUCAAAGCGGAGCUCAAGUCAGCCAACGCCGUUGCCAGCGUCAAGACACCACAGGGAUAUUUUGUGCGGGCGCACAGGCCUCCGGACGUUCGUUCACCUGAACGAAAACAGCAGAAGAGGGCACUCUUUGGUCUUAGCGGUAUUUGGCCGGCCGAAAGCGAACAAAUCUCGAGGCAGAGCCAGGAGCUCCCACGAGUCUCGAUCGUGUCGCAGCUGAGGUGGUGCUUAGAAGUCUACGGCGACACCGCCAUCUGUGCACGAGAAGAGGGGCGGCUUUGAUUGCGCGCCCAUUAUCGUCACAAGACAGCUCGCGCAAACACGGUCGACCUUGCGUACACGCGCUGUGCCCGUCGGCAGGUUCCCUUUCUCGGGCGACGACGGUCCGCUGAUUUGGCCCGUUCGUGGUGGCCGAGGCCAAGGAAAACAAAAACCUGUCCCGACAGGAGGAAUCCUAAGUCCUGUUCCUUUCGUGCGGCCCCCGUGCUCUCUCGUUUCGUCCUGGGCAUCAUCGCCUGGCGGGUGAACAACGAUCUCGCAUCGCAGUCCUUUUUUUCCCCACGGGUUGCAUACCUGGUUGCCCGCAGAAGCGAAAGCCGAAGCAGAGUGAAGUCCGGGCGAAAGUAGUGCGGCAUUUGCCCCCAUAGUCAGUACGGGGGUGCGGGUGGUGCUCUUUGGGAGAGAAGUCGGUGACCCUUUCCCGUUAUUUUCAAGCGACGGCCUCUCAGGCUGCCCUCUCACUCACCGCCGCCCUCGUGGCGACGACCGACCACGCUGAAGGAGAGAAGGGGUUAGCAAGCGCCCCGUGAAACCACUUUCCUUCGCAGAACACGCCGCGCACGCUCGCUUCGCUGAAGCUCGCGCCGGGUGAAGCAGGGACGUCUCCUCCGCGUGGCAGCAGACGGGCCGACUGCAGGAAGGGCUUCGCUCGACGACACCCAAGUCCGCAACUGCCGUCACACAGAAAUCGCCCAGCAGCGAGAGUCAUGCGGUGAGAAGAAAAAGUGGCGCGCCGGACUCCCGCUUUCUGCCGUCGCGUCUAGUGGGUCCGCAGAGGAAGUCCCCGGACAGCUCGCAAGGGCCGUGAAAUCGGCACACAUUUUCUUGUUUAUUCCGUGCUUCGUGCCACAGGCGGCUAGCAGUCUCCCGUCGCAAGUGCGUGCCCGCGCUGCUCUGUGCAAAGACGCCAACGCUCGCCUUCCACGACGCCGAGCAGGAAGGACUGCGCGUGGACGCCGCGCACGCAGUGCCCGGGCUUGCGCUGAUCGUGGUGGUGGUGGCGGCGGUGCUUGCCUCCGCGGAUUCCGCUGACUGCUUUCGCCGGGCUGCUUUCGAGUUCCCGAGAAAGGAAGAUGGAUUCCGGCGCAGUUCUUCUGAACGUUUCCAAGUUGGAAAACGACUCGCCGCCGAAGUGUUUCGAAAACCUGGCAUUGGAUGUCCCAAAUGGGGUAAUCGACGACGCGAUCCCGGCGGUGGACUUCAAGAGCAAGGCCGACGCGAACGGCAACGGCCGCCACAACGGGUUCAGGAACUUCGAAAGCAUCGACCUGACCUGGAGGAACCUCUUAUACAAGGUCAAGAAAGGCAAAGCCCGCAAGUACUUAGUCAACAACAUGAGUGGUGAAGCACGGUCCGGUACGCUGACUGCCAUCAUGGGUCCCUCUGGCGCGGGCAAGACGACGCUGCUCAAUUUGCUCACGGGAUUCUACGACAAGGGCUACAAGGGCGAGGUUCAGAUCAACGGCUACGUACGUGAUCAGGCGCUGUUCAACAAGCAGAGCUGCUACGUCAUGCAGGAGGAUCGACUGCUUCCUGCACUCACCGUUUACGAGGCUAUCUUCAUGAGCGUUGAACUGCGCAUGCCCAACAUGGCACCAAAAGACAAAGCUAAGAAGGUUGAGCGGUCGAUCGAAGAGUGGGGCCUGGAGGUGUGCCGCAACACUCGUACAGAAAACCUCUCUGGCGGCCAACGUAAGCGUCUGGCCAUCGCACAAGAGUUGGUCAACAACCCUCCUGUUCUUUUCCUCGACGAGCCCACAAGUGGCCUGGACAACGUGUCAAGUCUGAUGUGCGUGCAGAUACUAAAGCGGUUGGCCUCUAUGGGACACACUGUCAUCUGCUCUAUACACGCACCCAGUGCCAAGAUCUUCUCUUACUUUGACAUGCUGUACAUGGUUUCUGCGGGGCGUUGCAUCUACAACGGCGAAGUGGAUGGCCUGCUAGGCUUUCUGACGAGGCAUGGUCUGCAGUGUCCACAGUUCCACAACCCUGCCGACUACAUUAGCGAAGUGGCGUCCGGCGACUACGGUGACUACCGCGACGUGCUGAGCCGCGAGUUCGAGCUUCCGUUGCCGGACGGCAGCGCUGCCGCUAAAGGCACGAUGACGAAGUACGGCGGGCUCAUCAUGACCAGCGAGCAAAAGGCUGAGGCAAACCGGAUGUACUCUUUCAAAGUCAACCAGUUUCAUCAAUUCCGGAUUCUCCUGAAGAGGUGCUGGCUCUCGGUGUUCCGUAACAAGGUGGCCACUCCCUUGCGGCUUGUGGCAUAUGUGGGCUUCGCGCUGAUGCUUGUCAUACUGUACUACGACAUUGGCAACAAGGCGAGCACGGUCACCCACAACGCCACAAUGUUCUUCUCCAUGUGCUGCAUCUGCGUCUUCCAGACCAUCCUGCCCGCCGUCAUAGUCUUUCCCGUAAACAUCUCAGUAUUGAUGAGAGAGCAAAGGAAUUGCUGGUACAGCCUCAAAGUUUUCUACCUGGCGAACUAUGUCACGGAGAUUCCGUUUCUGGUGAUACCGAACGCUGUGCUGAUCGCCAUUGUGUACUAUCCGACGGGACAACCGAAAGAGCUAUGGCGUGUGGCAGGCGUCAUGCUCUUCUGCGUCCAGAUAUGCGCCGUGUCGCAGGCAAUGGGGCUCAUCGUGUCUGCAGUGUCCAAGCUACAGACGGCGGUGUUCCUGGCCCUGCCUAUCGUGUCGCCGGCUUUCUUCUUCUGCGGCUUCUUCGUGCCGGCCCACCUGAUGUCGCGGUACGCGCGCUGGUUAACGGAUAUCUCGUACAUCUACUACGGCUACAACGGACUACUGCUGUCGGUGUACGGCUAUGGCCGCCCAACUCUUGAAUGCGACCAGUUCAUCUGCCUCUAUGAGGACCCCGCACAGUUCCUCGAGUUCGUCGGUGCAGCGGACAAGAAGUUUUAUGUGUUGGUGCUUGCGCUGCUUGCUUACGAAGCCAUAUGCAGGACCAUCGCCUUUAUCCUGCUCAAGAUCAGGUUAGCUAGAAAAGAGUGAAGCGUUUCAGUUCGAGCGGCUGCGAGAUGACCUCUCAUGUGUGUGUGCGCGCGCCCGCAUAUGUACGGUAUGGUGUGCGAACGUUGGGCAUUUGGCUCUGUUUUUCGUUUUAGCUCCAGCCGCUUGCAAGCGGAAAGCAUGGUGACUCGUACGGAACUGGCACCUUUCAGUGCAUUCCGCGGCAAAAUAGGCGCUGUUGAGGAAGCUAAGUGAGCCGACGCGCCGGAGUGGUGUGCCGACCAUUGGCGGUUGGCGGUCGAGACUACAACAAUGCAACUUAAUGCGGCUCUCGACGUAGUGAAACGGAUACCGCUCAGAGCGAUAUACGGCUGCGACGCCACAUGCAGUCUCGUCGCCUGUGUCCUGCUGAAGAUCGUAAUAGGCCGGAAUGAGUGCAGUUGUCGAUUUGCACGUUUGCGAAGUUGCUUGUGCGCGUGCGCAGAUUUUUAUGUGACGGCGAGUGGAAUUUUAUUUUUUUUCUUAUUUGAGCUGCAUCAGUUUUACCACAGCCUGUGCAGGUGACAUAAAACUUAAAAACAUGUGGCA